CUCGCCAGGCCGCCCCGCGGUGGGUGGUGGGGAAGGUCGGGGGGCUUUGGGGGGCGCCGCCACCAUGCUGCGCUCCCUGCUGCUUCACUCCCUGAGGCUCUGCGCCCAGACGGCCUCGUGCCUCGUGCUCUUCCCGCGCUUCCUGGGCACGGCCUUCAUGCUCUGGCUUCUAGACUUCCUCUGCAUCCGCAAGCAUUUACUGGGCCGUCGACGCCGUGGUCAGCCGGAAAUCGAAGUGGAGCUCAACAGCGACGGCGAAGAGGUGCCCCCCGACGACCCGCCUGUCUGCGUGUCCGAUGACAACCGCCUGUGCACCUUGGCGUCGCUGAGGGCCGUCUGGCACGGCCAGAAGUUGGAUUUCUUCAAGCAGGCGCAUGAAGGGGGGCCGGCGCCUAACUCUGAGGUGGUCCUGCCCGACGGCUUCCAGAACCAGCACAUCCUCGACUACGCCCGAGGAAACCGCCCGCUGGUGCUCAACUUCGGUAGCUGCACCUGACCACCGUUCAUGGCGCGCAUGAGCGCCUUCCAGCGCCUGGUCACCAAGUAUCAGCGCGACGUCGACUUCCUCAUCAUCUACAUCGAGGAAGCGCACCCUUCCGACGGCUGGGUCACCACAGACUCUCCCUACAGCAUCCCGCAGCACCGAAGCCUGGAGGACCGGGUCAGCGCCGCGCGCGUGCUGCAGCAAGGGGCUCCGGAAUGCGCUCUCGUGCUCGACACGAUGACCAACUCCAGCAGCUCGGCCUACGGCGCCUACUUCGAGCGUCUCUACAUCAUCCAGAGUGGCACCAUUAUGUACCAGGGCGGCCGCGGCCCCGACGGCUACCAGGUCUCCGAGCUGCGCACCUGGCUGGAGCGCUAUGAUGAGCAGCUGCACGGCCCGCAGCCCCGUCGAGUGUAAACAACCGAUGGACACGUGACUGAACUUGGCGGGCCAUGCCUUCGAGCCUUCGAAGCCCACGUGCAAACAACUCCCAGACAGGCUUGGAGUGGGCCCAGUGACACAGCUGAGCUGAGCCAUGCAUCGCCGUCUGAGUCUGCCCUCUCAGCCAAGCCACCUGAAGGCUCCCUUCCACCUCCCGAGACUCUGCUUUCGACUGUCCCUCGCCUGUACUUGCUUGGCUUGUUCUAAAUCCCCUUCUGAGGGUGGAGGCAGCGCCGCCCUUGCCUGUGUGCCCCUGGACUUGUGCUCGCAGAGGCCCCCUGCCACGGCUCUCACACGCCCUCCCCAGAAGAGAAGAGCCAGCGUGCCUUUAAGCAGGCGCGCUGGCCCGGCGCAAAGAGAUUUAGGCUGCGCCCGCGCGCCCUGGGCGCAGCUGGGUUCCAGCAGCGCGAGCCGCUCGCCUUAGUUGCCUGGCACCCACACCUGUCGCGCGCGCCCACGCACGCGCGCGGGGAAGGGACACCCUGCUGCUUUCUGUGUCUGUGUCUCGUUGCUGCCUUGGGGGAGGAUGCUUGGGGUGGGGAAGGGUGGGCAGGGUUAUUUCCCCCUCUUAGUUUGGGUGCUUACGAGCCCCACUGCUGAUGACGAGCUGUCUCUAACUGGCCUCGACCACGAGCUGGUUCUGAUUUGCAGGAGGCUCGCAGCAGCACCUAAGACAAGAGGGGAAAGUGCUCUGGAUUUCCAUGAGGAAACCACAUCAACGGGGUGGGAGAGGGAGGUUGAGGGACUGCUUAGGGACAAAGACAGACCGCUUAGGAGGCGGGGUUCGCGGCUCCCGGGGCAGAGGGAAGGGGCCGGGGCUCCUGCGACCCGGGGUUCGAGUGGCGGAGUCCGGAGAAUAAAGAUGAGGGGCGAGCCUGGGAACCCCGAAAGAGGGGUCUCCCAGACAGAGCUGCUGACUGCGGGGCCGGAAGUGGGGGGGCCCUGGUGUGAAGGCUAUUUAGUGAGUGUUUUGCUGGAAACGUUCCCUGUAUAUAAACUUCUUUUACACUACAAUAAUAAA